AUGUCACCAGUGCGUAACUUAUUUCACGGGAGUCUAUUCUUUGUUAUUGUCACCUAUGCUCAACGAGAAAGUGCAAAUGAAAAAUUAAAGAGAUGUUGCAAAGCACAGGAAUCGAAAUUCACAAAUAAUCAGACAGCUAUCAAUGUUUGCCUUCGGGCAUAUUGCGAUUUUGAUUCAAUCAGCCAAACAAAUAUAUUGGUUUAUUUGAAGCACUGUGACAAUCGAGUUGUUGGCACAAUGUUUUCAUGCGCUUCAUCGAAUGUUGAUCAUACAAAAUGCUGUGUAGAUAAAGGAGUUUCAAAAAAAUGUCUGGAAUAUUGCUCAGCUCAAGAUGGAGCACCAAAUAAUUACGUUGAUUAUAUUUUUUGCGUUGAAGAAUUUAACAGUAUCAGAGACUGCUUCGCUGAUUUUCUUGAAAAGCACGAGCCAUUUGCAGAAUAA